GGGGGGAACGGGGGGCCGGCCGCAGCCUCCGCCCAGAGGAAACUUUAUAAAAACAAAAUCCGGAGCCUCCCAAACGUGACUGUCCCGGGAUAAGUGACCCUGGACCGGCAGAAGCCACAGCCUGAAAAGACCCAGGAAGAGGAAAAGAGGAGUUAGGCGCCGGAGCCUUCCGCAGCUGCCACCUCAGUCCGAAGGAGGAAAGGAACCAACCCACUUUUUCAGCGCCACGGCUCUUCUCUAAAGUGGAGUCUCAACCACCAGCAGGAUUUUUAAAAGGCUAUCUUAGUAUUUGGGAAGGAGACUGGAAGGAAAUACAGCAGAUUUAUAAAGGGAUUAUCACUGGAUGAUGAGAUUAUAGGAUUACUUCCUUAGGAUAGAUUGCCAGAAGUGGAGUUAACUGGGUCAGAGGAAUGUGAAAACCUUUGCAUCUUCUGAUAGUCUAGCCAAGGUCCAAGAAGUAGCAAGCUGGCUUUUGGAAAUGAAUCAGGAACUGCUCUCUGUGGGCAGCAAAAGACGACGAACUGGAGGCUCUCUGAGAGGUAACCCUUCCUCAAGCCAGAUAGAUGAGGAACAGAUGAAUCGUGUGGUGGAGGAGGAACAGCAGCAACAACUAAGACAACAAGAGGAGGAGCACACUGCAAGGAAUGGUGAAGUUGUUGGCGCAGAACCUAGACCUGGAGACCAAAAUGAUUCCCAGCAAGGACAAUUGGAAGAAAACAAUAAUCGAUUUAUUUCGGUAGAUGAGGACUCCUCAGGAAACCAGGAAGACCAAGAAGAAGAUGAAGAACAUGCUGGUGAACAAGAUGAGGAGGAUGAGGAGGAGGAGGAAAUGGACCAGGAGAGUGAUGAUUUUGAUCAGUCUGAUGACAGUAGCAGAGAAGAUGAACAUACACAUAGUAAUAGUGUCACAAACUCCAGUAGUAUUGUGGACCUGCCUAUUCACCAACUCUCCUCCCCAUUUUAUACAAAGACAACAAAAAUGAAAAGAAAGUUGGACCAUGGUUCUGAGGUCCGCUCUUUUUCUUUGGGAAAGAAACCAUGCAAAGUCUCAGAAUAUACAAGUACCACUGGGCUUGUACCAUGUUCAGCAACACCAACAACUUUUGGGGACCUGAGAGCAGCCAAUGGCCAAGGGCAACAACGGCGCAGAAUUACGUCUGUGCAGCCACCUACAGGCCUCCAGGAAUGGCUGAAAAUGUUUCAGAGCUGGAGUGGACCAGAGAAAUUGCUUGCUUUAGAUGAGCUCAUUGAUAGUUGUGAACCAACACAAGUAAAACAUAUGAUGCAAGUGAUAGAACCCCAGUUUCAACGAGAUUUUAUUUCCUUACUCCCUAAAGAGCUGGCACUUUAUGUGCUUUCAUUCCUGGAACCCAAAGACCUGCUACAAGCAGCUCAGACGUGUCGCUACUGGAGAAUUUUGGCUGAAGACAACCUUCUCUGGAGAGAGAAAUGCAAAGAAGAGGGGAUUGAUGAACCAUUGCACAUCAAGAGAAGAAAAGUAAUAAAACCAGGUUUCAUACACAGUCCAUGGAAAAGUGCAUACAUCAGACAGCACAGAAUUGAUACUAACUGGAGACGAGGAGAACUCAAAUCUCCUAAGGUGCUGAAAGGACAUGACGAUCAUGUGAUCACAUGCUUACAGUUUUGUGGUAACCGAAUAGUUAGUGGUUCUGAUGACAACACUUUAAAAGUUUGGUCGGCAGUCACAGGCAAAUGUUUGAGAACAUUAGUUGGACAUACAGGUGGAGUAUGGUCAUCACAGAUGAGAGACAACAUCAUCAUUAGUGGAUCUACAGAUCGGACUCUCAAAGUGUGGAAUGCAGAAACCGGAGAAUGUAUACACACCUUAUAUGGGCAUACUUCCACUGUGCGUUGUAUGCAUCUGCAUGAAAAAAGAGUUGUUAGCGGUUCUCGAGAUGCCACACUUAGGGUUUGGGAUAUUGAGACAGGCCAGUGUUUACAUGUUUUGAUGGGUCAUGUAGCAGCAGUCCGCUGUGUUCAAUAUGAUGGCAGGAGGGUUGUUAGUGGAGCGUAUGAUUUUAUGGUGAAGGUGUGGGAUCCAGAGACUGAGACCUGUCUACACACGUUGCAGGGGCAUACUAAUAGAGUCUAUUCAUUACAGUUUGAUGGCAUCCAUGUGGUGAGUGGAUCCCUUGAUACAUCAAUCCGAGUCUGGGAUGUGGAGACAGGGAAUUGCAUUCACACGUUAACAGGGCACCAGUCAUUAACAAGUGGAAUGGAGCUCAAAGACAAUAUUCUUGUCUCUGGGAAUGCAGAUUCUACAGUUAAAAUCUGGGAUAUCAAAACAGGACAGUGUUUACAAACAUUGCAAGGUCCCAACAAGCAUCAGAGUGCUGUGACCUGUUUACAGUUCAACAAGAACUUUGUAAUUACCAGCUCAGAUGAUGGAACUGUAAAACUAUGGGACUUGAAAACGGGUGAAUUUAUUCGAAACCUAGUCACAUUGGAGAGUGGGGGGAGUGGGGGAGUUGUGUGGCGGAUCAGAGCCUCGAACACAAAGCUGGUGUGUGCAGUUGGGAGUCGGAAUGGGACGGAAGAAACCAAGCUGCUGGUGCUGGACUUUGAUGUGGACAUGAAGUGAAGAGCAGAAAAGAUGAAUUUGUCCAAAUGUGUAGACGAUAUACUCCCUGCCCUUCCCCCUGCAAAAAAGAAAAAAAGAAAAAGAAAAAAAAAUCCCUUGUUCUCAGUGGUGCAGGAUGUUGGCUUGGGGCAACAGAUUGAAAAGACCUACAGACUAAGAAGGAAAAGAAGAAGAGAUGACAAACCGUAACUGACAAGAGAGGCGUCUGCUGUCUCAUCACAUAAAAGGCUUCACUUUUGACUGAGGGCAGCUUUGCAAAAUGAGACUUUCUAAAUCAAACCAGGUGCAAUUAUUUCUUUAUUUUCUUCUCCAGUGGUCAUUGGGCAGUGUUAAUGCUGAAACAUCGUUACAAUUCUGCUAGCCUGUUCUUUUACCACUGACACCUAGAAAAGAGCUGCAAUAACAUCAAAACAAGUACUGGUUGACUUUCUAAUUAGAGAGCAUCUGCAACAAAAAAGUCAUUUUUCUGGAGUGGAAAAGCUAAAAAAAAUUACUGUGAAUUGUUUUUGUACAGUUAUCAUGAAAAGCUUUUUUUUUUUCUUUCUUUUUCUUUUUUUUCUUUCUUUUCUUUUUUUUUUUUGCCAACCAUUGCCAAUGUCAAUCAAUCACAGUAUUAGCCUCUGUUAAUCUAUUUACUGUUGCUUCCAUAUACACUCUUCAAUGCAUAUGUUGCUCAAAGGUGGCAAGUUGUCCUGGGUUCUGUGAGUCCUGAGAUGGAUUUAAUUCUUGAUGCUGGUGCUAGAAGUAGGUCUUCAAAUAUGGGAUUGUUGUCCCACCCCUGUACUGUACUCCCAGUGGCCAAACUUAUUUAUGCUGCUAAAUGAAAGAAAGAAAAAGCAAAUUAUUUUUUUUUAUUUUUUUUCUGCUGUGACGUUUUAGUCCCAGACUGAAUUCCAAAUUUGCUCUAGUUUGGUUACAGAAAAAAGACUUUUUGCCACUGAAACUUGAACCAUCUGUGCCUCUAAGAGGCUGAGAAUGGAAGAGUUUCAGAUAAUAAAGAGUGAAGUUUGCCUGCAAGUAAAGAAUUGAGAGUGUGUGCAAAGCUUAUUUUCUUUUAUCUGGGCAAAAAUUAAAACACAUUCCUUGGAACAGAGCUAUUACCGCCUGUUCUGUGGAGAAACUUUUCUUUUUGAGGGCUGUGGUGAAUGGAUGAACAUACAUCAUAAAACUGACAAAAUAUUUUAAAAAUAUAUAAAACACAAAAUUAAAAUAAAGUUGCUGGUCAGUCUUAGUGUUUUGCAGUAUUUGGGAAAACAACUGUUACAGUUUUAUUGCUCUGAGUAACUGACAAAGCAGAAACUAUUCAGUUUUUGUAGUAAAGGUGUCACAUGCAAACAAACAAAAUGAAUGAAAAAGUCAAAUGGUUUGCCUCAUUCUCCAAGAGCCACAACUCAAGCUGAACUGUGAAAGUGGUUUAACACUGUAUCCUAGGCGAUCUUUUUUUCCUCCUCCUGUUUAUUUUUUUUUGUUUGUUUUAUUUAUAGUCUGAUUUAAAACAAUCAGAUUCAAGUUGGUUAAUUUUAGUUAUGUAACAACCUGACAUGAUGGAGGAAAACAACCUUUAAAGGGAUUGUGUCUAUGGUUUGAUUCACUUAGAAAUUUUAUUUUCUUAUAACUUAAGUGCAAUAAAAUGUGUUUUUUCAUGUUA